ACAAACGUGACCUUUCACUCGGUUCUCCUGCUUUCGGUCGCAAUGCUUAAAUUAUUUUGGUGAAUAAUAUACUCGUGAACGAAAAAAAUUGCUGGCGAACGAAAUUUGUGAAUGAAGCCAUCCAAAGCAUUAAAAAUGUCGCAGGCAAAAGUUUAUUUGGAAAUCAAUCCUGCAGUAGCUGUUACAGUUCUAAGUGAGCUUUUGGCCAACUGUGGCUUUCCGGUUGACGAACCUGAUCCUCUGAAGAUAGCUAAAGUGCUUGGUCCGGUUAAAACUCCAUCGCCGCUUGUCAUGGUUUCGAUCCCGCUGGAUGACUCUGUAGAGGAAAAUAAUAGAGAAAUAACACCCAUCGUCUCAUCGACAAUCGAUUCAACAGUAAUCGAGGUUUCACACGAACAAGUCCCUAAAUCGCUGCAAUUUGUCAACCACAAUGCUGCGUACUUGGCUACAAGUACCCCAGUUUCCAAUAUCCCCGAAAUUUUGGACAACUCAAUUGCUCACGUCACUUUCAAUGAAAUCGAACUAGCACUGUUAAAUCAGUGCUCCGUCAUCGACGAGGAAAACAUGGAAUUGGCUUACCUCAGGCAGACGCUUUCACUCAGUAUGAUGGAAGCCGAGUUCCUCCGGAUGCAACUCAGGUUGUUCAAUCUGAAGGCGCGGUCUAUUUUGGAGUUGUUUCAGUAUUGCGAUGGUUCCAAUAUCGGCUUCUGUAGAUGUCCAGAAAUUCGAAAGCGUAUUUUCGAGAUGGGUAUUCUGGUUCAGCGCCAGUGAAAGCGGAUUAAGUAUCCGACCGGUAAUAAGGGCUAAAUCCAGUUCAUUAUCCAGAAUACAAAACAAAAACGGGUAGUUAAUGGCCAGUUCGAUCGGAUUUUUAUAAAGCGACGUAAAUCCUGCG